GGACGCGCGUAUAGUACGAGACAUCCGCGCUCGGUGCAACAAGUGUCUAAGUCAAGCUGGAUUUCUACGACGUGCCAAAGCGCAUCUCCGCAAUGUCCGCCGAAGUGGAGAAAGGCAAUAAUGAAGAGACCAACGGCCAGACCAAUGGUGCCACCGACGUCAUCAGCACCACCAUUGAGAAACCCCGUAAACCGUUGAAGCAACUCUUGUUGGACAACUGGCAGAUCAUCAUCAAGUUAAUCGAGUUGUUGCUGUGCAUUGCGGCACUGGUCUUCGUAUGUGAACCAGCAAAAGUUACUGGUCUUGGCUCCAGCCACAUGCACCACAUCGGAAUUAUGUACACCGCGUAUACCGGAUACAUCCUGAUCAUCUCUGUGUUGUUGCUGGGACGUUACAUGGGGAGGCUGCCGUACAAGACCUCGAUGAUCUUCUCCGUUUGCGGUGCGUCCAUCUUCUUAAUCACCGCCACCUUGUUGAUAUCGACACGAUCACACCUGACACGUAUGCACAUCUUCCAUCCGAACGCCUACCUCAUGGUCAUGCUGAUGACCUCGAUCAUUAUCGCUUUCAUAAACGCUAUCGUCUUCGUGAUCGAUGCUGUGCUGACGUUCCGCCGUCAAGAGUCACUCUGAAUGUCGCACCCAUCGAUUACGGUGUUACGUAAGCACACGUGAUACUUCACCAGCAAAUAGAAUACUCGUACACAUCAUUAAUCGUGUUUCGACGCAAAUCGAACGCAAAUAAUGAAAACCUAUGUCAGUGAAAUCCGUCCAGUUGGCUUAGAAAUAAAAGUUGUUGAUUGUACGUAACCAUGGUAACCGUCACGAACUGUCAGCAGAAAUAAUUGUUUGUAAAAUAAAGCAGGCGCUACGGCGCCAAUAAAUUGCCCAAA